UUUUUACAAUGAUUUAUUGUAUUCUAAAAAAUAUUAAAAGCUUUUGAAGGCGAUAUAUAGAUAGCUUUAACCAUUUGAGGCCGAUCCCUAUCGAUAGGACAACUAUUUGUUAUCAAUUGAUAUCUAUAUUUUCUUUAUAAUUGAAUUAAUGUCUACUAAGUCUUUAUUAAAAAGUCCCUUUAGCAAUAUUCUGUAGCAAUUAUUAGGAUUACAUCGUUGGAAGAGGAAUAUUACACAACACUUGAGACAUGGAAUAUUGCGCAACGUUUGAAAAUAUAGAUGUCGCUCCGCUUGGCAUAGCUAUUAUUCUUAUAUAAAUAUAUAAGAAACGCUUCUUUUCCAUUCUUAUCUCAACAAAAUAAGCAAUCUCUUCGAAUAGUUCAACGUCAUCAAGCUAUUUUAAAAAUUUUCAGCUAUAUUCAAUUUGAUAAGAUUUUAACUUCUUUUUUUAUUACUAAAUUUAACUUUAGUUAUUAAAUUGUAAUAAUCUAAUAUUAGGUAAUGCUUUUUAUUUUAAUCAGGCUAGAAUCUGAAAACGGAACAUGCAUAUUUUUUGACUAUAUAAAGAGCAAAUAUAUACGGAAUGAAUUGCAAAAUUUUUAUGAUUAUUUCGUCGCAACGGCGCUUCAAUCAAGCUCCACUCGAAAAAUCGAACUUUGUCUAGAGAUAAAAAGAAGAAGCUUGUUAUCUGUGAUUUAGUAGGCAGGAGUAAUUAAUUACCGCUCAGAAAUUAUGGGAUCAUCUUCAAUGCCGGCCAGCAGUUUACCCACCCCACCAGACGGCGGGUGGGGAUGGGUAGUGGUAUUUUCCAGUUUCCUUCUCCACAUUAUUGCUGAUGGCAUAAGUUAUUCUUUUGGGAUCUUUCUCCGCCCCUUUAUCGACACUUUUGACAGUGGCAGAGCUCAGACGUCUAUGGUCCAAUCUUUAAUGAUUGGAUCGACACUUUGUGCUGGUCCUAUUGCCAGUGUCUUGACCAAUCGAUAUGGCUGCAGAGCGGUUACGAUUGGUGGUUCUUUAUUAGCUGCUACUGCUUUUAUUAUUAGUGCUUGGGCCCCUAAUCUCAUCUUUCUUUAUAUAAGCCUGGGUGUUGUAUCCGGUAUAGGGUUAGGUCUCAUGUACCUCCCUGCAAUCGUUUCUGUGACAUUUUAUUUUGAAAAGAAAAGGUCAUUUGCAACUGGUUUAGCUGUUUGUGGAUCAGGUGUUGGAACAUUUGCUAUUGCUCCACUCACGGAAGUAUUAUUACAGGAGUAUGGCUGGAGAGGAGCUAUUCUCUUGCAAGCAGGUCUAAUUCUUAAUUGCUGUAUAUGUGGAGCUCUCUUUAGACCUUUAGAAGAAGAAAAAAUUGAAGAAGAGGAAGAAGUUUCAAAAGAAAUAGAACCGAUUUCUGCACCAGCAAAGGAGCAUAUAAAUAUUAAAAUGACGAGAAAAGAUGCUUUUUAUAGUGCUUCUCUCGAAAAUAUUCCCAUGUAUAAAUCAGAUCCAGCUCUAUAUAAAGCAAGCAUAGCUUCUAUACCUAGGGAGGAUUAUGAAGAGCCAAGUAAACCAUGCUCGGAAAUUAAGAACAUGAUGGAUUUUACCCUCUUCCUUAACCCGUUUUUCGUUAUGUUCGCUGUAUCGAAUUUUUUCACUUCAAUUGGGUUCUAUGUCCCUUACGCCUAUCUUAAAGACAGAGCUGUUUUGGAGGGUCAUAGUGAUGCUAAAGCAACACUACUGUUAUCUAUUGUUGGUGUUGCAAAUACAGUUGGAAGAGUUGUUUUCGGUUUUCUUAGUGAUCGUAAAUUCAUAAAUCGUCUAAUGCUGUACAAUACAGCCCUCUUUAUAUGCGGAAUAGCCACAGCUUUCUCAACAAUCUCAUCCGCAUAUCCUUUCUUAGUUACCUAUGCUGUUUUUUUUGGAGUUUUAGUUGGGGUUUAUGUAUCCCUAACUUCUGUUGUUAUUGUCGAUCUUCUUGGUCUGGACAAGCUUAGUGAUGCUUUUGGAUUAAUAUUACUAUUUCAAGGAGUUGCAACUGUUGCUGGUCCUCCAAUUGCUGGAUCGAUAUACGACAAAACUAAAUCUUAUGUUGGACCUUUCGCUCUAACAGGUGCUAUGAUAGGAGUAUCUGGCUUUAUGCUUUAUGCUGUUCCGUUUGUAAGGAGGUAUAUUGACAAGAAAGAAGGCGUAAACGCCAGAGAUGUUAUGAUGGGUAUGAGAGUUAGCUCUGACGCCAAGAUCGACGGUAACGAUGAAGAACAAGAAAAAUGCGUAUAACGUCAGUAUUAGCAUAUCUACAUUUUCCUAUUACAAAUCUUCAUCUUUUAAUAUUGCAACCUAUUUAUCAAUCUACAUGUAUACAUAUUACAUGUUUGUAAAAUGUAUCUACUUGUAUAAAGGAUGGAAAGAAGAAGGGUUUUUUUUCCAAAUCGAUUAAACAACUUAGAUUCUCAAAUUAAAUGCCUAUCUAAUCAACUCGUAUUGUAACAUUUAUAGAAAUAAUAAAGUUAAAAUAUAAAGGAAAUAAAACAAAUAUUUUCAUUA